AUGGAUUCUUUAUGGAGUGAAACUCUUAAAGAAAAAAAUAUUAAUACGGGUUCAAAUUACGCGCAGCUUGUUUCUUGCGAAGGUGUGACAAUUGAAAAUAUUGGAGACAAACAAUCAUUCGAAACACAGAUAAAAGAAGGAUCUAGUCAGUCAAAACAGCGAUUAGAAAUUGAAGAUAAGGAGAAUCAUAGAACUACGUAUAAACGUCAACGCAUGGAACAUUUGGAUAAUGCAAACGUUUUUAAUACCGAUGAUAACGAGUAUGAAUUGGAAAAACAAGCCGAGCAAACAGUCCAAUACAAUGGAAAGAUGUGGGUCGUAAAUAAAAUUAAUGUACGUGAUGCAUUAACAAAAUGGCAGAAACAAAUGGGCCGAUCACGCACCGAUCUAGCUUAUUACGACAUUAUAGAUAUUACUCCUGGCACAAAUAGUGAAUUUAUACGAUCCCUACCUAACGAUGCAAAGCGUGUGAUUAUGCGAUUUGGAUCAACAGAACAGCAAUCUGUCACAGAAAAUGUGAAAGAAUUAAUCGUUAAAUUUAUUAAAGCAGACGAUUUUCGCAAGAUUGCUGAUGAGAGCUAUAAUGAAACAAGACAAAAUGAUACUUUGAAAUUCGUAUGGGACUUUGUAAAUCUUCUUGCGGAUUCAUUUGAAAGAGAGAGUGACCUUGCAGAUUUUGAUUUGUCCGAACUAGCAUACCGAGAAAUUUUUCUGGCACCUGCCAUUCGCAGUUUGUUCCGUGGAAUGCAUAGAGAGAUGCAUAUUUUUUUUGGUGAAAAACAUUUAUUUGCAUCGUCUGAAGAGCUUAAUCUGAAGAAAACCGAUAGAGAAACUCGUGGCGUUGGAAAUAAGGUCGAUAUUAUUUGGUCUUUAAAGUCGACAGAUAUUGAGUUUAGCGUUGGUGAAGUUAGUGGUCCGCCAAAUAAACGUGACCAUUCGCAUUUUUUCGGCGACAAAUUGAAAAUCGCGAAGAUGCUUAAGAUUAUAAUCAAGCAUGGUGGUGCAGGUGUAAAAUUAGGCUCGUUAAAAUUAUAUGGAUUACAAAUAUAUAAUAAUGAAGCAAUUGCCUGA